AUGCCUCGUGUAGCAAGUCGACCCUCGUCUUUUCAGGAGGGUAACGAGAGUCUGCUGAUGACCGACUUGAAUCGCCCAGCUGCUCACGCCAGCAAUGGCAACGGCAGCACGCUUCCCAUACAUGAUGGCCCUGAGCGACACAAAUUCCGCCGGGAACUCUUUCGAGUGCAUACUGCCGGGCAAAGUGGGAGGAGCGGAGUUCACCCUCUGCUGUUCUUCAAGGUCUGCUUCAGGAGCACCUGUACCCUCUCUAUGAUAGUCAAUGUCUUGUGGCCUUUUGUUCCUGCGGCCGUCGCCAUACACUUCGCUCGACCGGAUCUGCACGUGUGGAUAUUCGCCCUGAAUUACAUCGCAAUGGUGCCAUCUGCAAAUCUGCUUGGUUUCGCCGGAGGUGAGCUUGCGAAGAAGCUCCCCAAGGUGUUCGGCGUCCUUCUCGAAACCACGCUCAGUUCGGUGGUAGAAAUUGUCCUGUUCAUGGUAUUGAUCCAUAACGACCAAGGUGGAAACCUGAUACCCGUCAUCCAAGCUGCCAUCCUAGGGUCGAUACUGGCGAAUCUGCUUCUCUGCCUGGGUCUAUGCUUUUUCUUCGGAGGUCUCGGUCGUGAGGACCAGGUGUUCCAUGAGGCCGUCAGUGAAGUCGGCUCGGGCCUAUUGCUGGUCGCAGGCUUCGGCCUGUUGAUUCCCAGCGCCUUUUACGCGACAUUGGUUAGCGGCAGCACGAACACCACUGCCCAGCGAGCCGAUAUAGUUCGUUCAACCUUGGAGAUCAGCCGAGCUACUGCAAUCAUCCUUCUGGCCGCUUUUUUGAUGUUCCUGUUCUACAACCUCCACAGCCACCACACCAUAUUUGACGAGAUUCUGGAGCAUGACGAGAACCGCGACGAAGACCGUGACAAGGAAGAAAAACGCGCCAAGCUCACUCUCACCGAAUGUUUGAUCGCAAUCGCCAUAGCCCUAACUUUUGUCUGCAUGUCGGCCGUCUUCCUCGUCAACGAAAUCGAGCAUAUUGUUCUCGAGCAAGGCGUGCCGGACAACUUCAUGGGUCUCAUCCUCGUGCCAGUCGUCGAGAAAGCAGCAGAGCACCUCACCGCUAUUGACGAAGCUUGGGAUAAUCAAAUCAACUUUGCCCUCUUCCACUGUCUUGGACCAUCAAUCCAGACGGCCCUCUUAAACGCGCCUCUGGCCGUGAUCGUUGGCUGGGGUCUCAACAAAGACGUAAGCCUGAAUUAUGAAAUAUUCAUGAUCGUCCUUGUGGUCCUGGCAAUUCUUGUUGUCGGCAAUUUCCUACGCGAUGGGAGGUCGAAUUAUCUCGAGGGCGGUCUUUGUGUCCUGGUAUACAUCAUUAUCGCCGUUACCACGUGGUACUAUCCGCCAGUCGAACCGCUGGGUAGUGAAGGGGGUACGGAAGCCGCGGCAGAGGCAGUCGCUCAUCGGCUUAUGUUGUGA